CCUUGAUACGGUCAGUAGACCGAGCUGUGACGAAGGUACACAUACCCACUCAGAUCUCUUCUCAAUGUAACUUACAUUUAACUUUAUAAUUUUACUUUCGUCAUAGAAGCACUCACCUGACAUCUGAACACCUGCGUUUUACACCAGAUGUGGCACGGAUAACUCCAUCUCGACAGAAACCAAGAGGAGCAUGACGUCUUAUACUGAAUUAUUGGCACGCGGAGGAAUCGUCUGUUAAACAUGUCCAGAAGUCAGUUUAACGACAGAAUACUCCGAGGGUUCGUUUUGUCUAGUGAUGCUCUAUUUGAAAUUCGACAAUUGUUAGAUAGGAGACAAAAAACAAAAUUUUCCGAAGGGCUUUCGCCGGAAGCAAGGUUAGCUCUUCAGCAAAUGAAUGAUGACACUCGAGUAAAAUUCACUGGGGAUUCGGACGACAAUUCCCCUGGUGAGGAUGACCCAGAAUACUCCGGUAGAAAAGGUAUCCAGGUAUCUAAGAAAUCUCCGCGAAAGUCCGGGAAGGACAAGUCCAGGAGACAAAUUUCAUUUACAGAUUCUCCGAGAGGAUUGAAAGGAAUAAAAUCUAAUAACCAAUCAAAAGAAGUAUUUAACGCUUACGAAAUAAACAAUAGUUCAUCAUCAGAGCGUGACGUCAUAAGCCAGAAGGAUGACGUUCUGACAAGUGACCCUAACCCUGUCGACAAAUGUCGGGAGUGGGUAGCAGGGAACGACAUAGAGACACCUGCUGGGACGUGAUACACAGAUACGUAGCCCUGUGGCUGUCCACGUCAACAGCUGAUGAUGGAGCUGUGAAACAAAACCGAUUGUGUUAAUUCAAUGACAUUUAAUGAAAAGUACUAUAUUUAAAUUGUUUCAAUAACAUAUGUCUCGCGUCCUUGUGUAACCAUCUUUAGUCUUACGGACGAUAAUGUAAAAAAAAAACAAACAAAAAAACAAACACACACCAUGUUAUAGGGUAUUUAGUGAUACUGGAGUUAUCAACAUCAAUUUGUAGGAAUAAAAUAAUUUUAACUUGGA